AUGAAGGAAAACAACAUUUGCAUUAUGGAGUAUAUUGAUAAGAUAGAUUUUGUCGAUCCCCGCCUCUUAUAUCAAACCGGCGGCCGCCUAAGACAAACUAAAAACACCGUCGCGGAAGGACAUUACACUAGUUGUUUUAAUUGCUUACUACCAGCUUUCACUUGCGGACAAUAUUCUGAUUGUAAUCAAUACAAUGGCAAAUGCUCAUGUCCACCGGGAUUCGGUGGCGAUGAUUGUCUUCAACCUGCAGAUGGCCAGGAUCGACCGAUGCGAACAACGGACUCGUGCGUUUGCGAAGAUGGCUGGACUGGAAUCAACUGCAAUGUCUGUACGAACAAUAAAGCAUGUAAUGCUCUAAUGCCGGAAAAAGAGGGAGGCGUAUGUUAUCAGAAUGGCGAGGUUGUGAAGGAGAACUACCAGAUGUGCGAUGUUACGAAUAGGAAGAUUGUAGACAUCUUGGACGGGAAGAAGCCGCAGGUCACCUUUACCUGUAACGCCGAAGUAGAAACCUGCGACUUUCAAUUCUGGGUUGACGAAAAAGAGUCAUUUUACUGUUCCCUGGAUACUUGUACAUCUGGCGCCGCAAAUGAUUACGACCGAAACUCGACCAGCGCAAAAUGUGAAAACAUCGAGUGCAAGUGUGUUCCGGAUAGGAUGCUUUGCGGUGAAAAUGGAUCGGUUGAUAUCUCGGACUUCCUCGAUCAAGAAAUUAGAGGUCCCGCAACCUUUAAUUGUGAGCAGAAAGGUGGAAGCAAUGAGUGCACUUUUAAAGAACCUCAAAUGGAUCUACUCAUUCAACAAAUGUUCGGCGACAGCAGUAUCUUUAUCAACUGUCAAGCCGGAGAAUGUCUCUACGAAACCGAGAUUCCCGGAUAUGAACGACCAAUCAAGAGAAUCAAUACACCUCUGAUCGCAGGUGUUAUCGCAGCUGCAUCUCUAUUUGUUGUUGGCGUUAUCAUGCUAGUUUGGUACUUGUCCCGAAGGCAAUUCAAAUACGGACCUAUCCAUCUAGACGAUUCCGAUGACGAGAGCAUUAAGCUAAUGACUGAUCACAAGCCCGCGUCACUAUAUUUCGAGAAUGUUUCAUACAAUCUAAAUGGAAAGCAGAUUUUAAGUGGUGUUCAGGGAGUAGCUCAUCCUGGUGAGAUUAUGGCUAUCAUGGGGGCUUCGGGAGCUGGAAAAACCACAUUUCUUGAUAUUCUUGCUCGUAAGAACAAGCGCGGCGUUGUCCAAGGAAACUUUUAUGUAAAUGGCGAAAAGGUUACAGAUAACGAAUACAGAAGUGUCAUUGGGUUUGUUGAUCAAGAAGAUGCUAUGCUACCUACACUUACCGUUCAUGAAACCAUCAUGACCAGCGCUCUUUUGAGACUGCCAAGAGAUAUGGGAAGAUCCGCCAAGGAACAAAGAGUCUUCGAAGUAGAGCGACAGCUUGGUAUUUCUCAUAUCAAGGAUUCUUUGAUCGGUUCUGAGGAUGGUAAGGGUCGCGGUAUUUCUGGUGGUGAGAAACGUCGAGUUGGGAUCGCUUGUGAAUUGGUAACCAGCCCAAGCAUAUUGUUCCUUGAUGAGCCAACGAGUGGUCUCGAUGCAUACAAUGCUUUCAACGUUAUCGAAUGUCUUGUCAACCUGGCCAAAACCUACAAAAGAACGGUUAUAUUCACCAUCCAUCAACCAAGAUCUAAUAUCGUGGCUUUGUUCGAUAGAUUAUUACUUCUCGCCAAAGGAAGAACGGUCUAUUCUGGCGAGUUCAGCCUCUGUCAAGAUUAUUUCGAUCACAUUGGCUACUCCUGCCCACCUGGAUUCAACAUUGCUGAUUACUUGGUCGAUUUGACAAUGCAUGUUGGGGCUCCUCGUACCCCGAUUGACGAUACUACAUCUGAUUUCAGACAUGGCGUAACACCAAGCGUUGGCGCAAGCAGUACUAGGGCGGUGAAAUCAAUUGCAAGCAUCUCUGGUGGUAGUAUAGAAGAGCCUGUAGUUGGUAGCCCAAGCGAGUCUCUAUUAAGACCUAAAGGCAAACGUCGCGACUCGGUAAAGGCAAGGCAAGAAAGGGAACUUUUUACUCGCAAGAGGAGUGGGAUCGAGACGCCUACUUCUCAACCCGAUGAAGCGCCUGUAGACCCAGAGGCCAAUCAGCAUUGGCUCAGAAUGUCAAGACAGCAUUCUUCUAUCGCCGAAGAUCCAGAUAAUCUGCCGCCAGAUGCACCCGGAACUGGAUCAGAUUUAGAUAUCCUGGUCUCGGCUUACGCAAAUUCACCAAUCUCACGAGACUUUCAAGAUGACCUAAAAAAUGCUGUGUCAUCUGCUCAAAGUGCCAAUGGCAGUAUGAAUGGUCAUGUACAGGAAAACAGUACAUCAACCACAAGUACUAUGGGAAGAGGAUAUGCAAGAGUUGGAUACCUUCGACAAUUUGUAAUUCUCUCUCAACGCACCUGGCGCAAUCUUUACAGAAACCCUAUGUUGAUGUUGACACACUACGCAAUCGCGAUCUUGUUGGCCGUUCUCUCCGGAUUCCUGUUUUAUGGCCUUACAGAUGACAUCCCCGGUUUCCAGAAUCGCUUGGGAUUGUUCUUCUUCAUUCUCGCACUUUUCGGUUUCAGUACUCUGUCCAGUUUGAACGUCUUCGCUACUGAGCGUAUGGUUUUCGUUAGAGAAAGAGCAAAUGGGUACUACUCGCCCAUCACCUAUUUCUUAGCCAAAGUUGUCUUUGAUAUUGUUCCACUUCGCAUUAUUCCUCCUUUAAUCAUGGGUUCUAUUUUAUACCCCAUGACUGGACUUGUAGCCGAAGCUCCCAACUUCUUCAAAUUCCUCCUCAUCCUCGUCCUCUUUAAUCUCGCCGCUGCUGCCAUUUGUCUCUUCCUUGGUAUCGUCUUCAAAGAUAAUGGUGUUGCAAGUCUCAUCGGAAGUCUCGUCAUGCUCUUUAGUCUCCUCUUUGCCGGUCUCCUCCUUAAUCACGAUGCGAUCCCCAAGUCUGCUCUUUGGCUACAAUCCCUGUCGAUAUUCCAUUACGGCUUCGAAUCUCUCAUAGUAAAUGAAGUAACGUACCUAACACUGGUCGAUCAGAAAUACAAACUUGACAUCACUGUUCCCGGUGCAGUUAUUCUCAGUAGCUUUGGGUUUGAUACCCAGGCGUUUUGGCCAGAUGCGAUUAAUUUGGCGAUUGUUGCCGGUUCCUUUAUCUUCUUAGCGUAUGUGGCGAUGCAUUUCUUGUUGGUGGAGAGACGGUAA